ACUGUUUUACCUCGGCGUUUCGAAAGUUGUGUUUACAAACUAGUGCUGUUAUUUUUUAAGGUUUUGAAACGUGAUAUUGAAGUAUUAAUAAUUUAAUCAAAUGAAUUUAAAAAAUACGAUAUAAUUGUGUUAGUAAAGACGUAGCUUCUAAAGCUUUGAAAAAAAUGCUUUCACAAAAACCAGUGUUUUUAAAACCGGGGAAUGACACGCUGUACCCGAUAAAGAAUAAAGACGGUGUUAUAGAAACAUUGGUCAAUGCCAAUGUAGACUCGGCAUUAUCAAUUGACAGUGAUGCAAAGACUAAUUUUGUUUAUAAUAGAUACCAUCAUCUCCCUUUAGAAGCUCAAAGGAAGAAGUUACCGGUGUUCCAAUAUAGAAAUCAUAUUUUGUAUCUUUUAGAGAAGUACCAAACUUUGGUUCUUAUUGGAGAAACAGGCUGCGGGAAAUCAACUCAAGUGCCGCAGUAUCUUUACGAAAUCGGACACAAAGUAUGCGUGACGCAGCCCCGCGUAGCCGCUGCUUUGUCGCUAGCGUGCCGAGUGGCUGACGAGCGCGGCGUUCAGCUGGGCGAUCAAGUUGGGUACAGCGCCGCCAUGACGAGCAUGAGGACACCGGACACAGGAAUCGUGUUUAUGACAGAGGGCGUGUUGCUUAGAGAGAUGUUCGCGUCUCCGCUUCUAAUGCAGUACUCUUGUAUUGUACUUGACGAGGUACACGAGAGAUCACAAAUGACGGACGUUUUGAUGGGAUUGUUGAAGAAGAUAGCGAAGAAAAGAAAGAAUUUAAAGAUCGUAGUUUCUUCCGCUACAAUGGACGCGGAUUUUCUGAAGGAGUAUUUUAAUAUAAACGAUAUGAAAACUACUAAGAAAAGUUCAUCCGUCAUUAUGUCUAUGACGGGAAGGACGUACCCCAUAGACAUAUUUUACGUUAAAGAGCCCGUACCGGAUUAUGUAAACGCGACAGUUGAAACGAUUAUAAAGAUACAUGAAAACGAACCGUUUGGUGACAUUCUGGCGUUCCUGACGUCACAAGAAGAAAUUCUAUCAGCCCUGGAUAGUUUGGAAGAAUAUGUCAAAGAUAAUAAUGAUAAAAAUAAAUACAGGAAGACAUUCCCAAGUGGCAUUGCCGCCGCGAAUCUGUCUGUGCUACCCAUGUACGGCAGUCUGCUGUAUUACAAGCAGAUAAAGGUCUUUCAGAUGUCCGAAAGAAAUGUGAGGAAAGUCGUACUAGCGACUAAUAUCGCUGAGACCAGCGUGACUAUAAAUGGCGUCGUUUAUGUGAUCGAUUGCGGUUUCCAUAAGCUCCCCCACUUCGACCCGGCGGUGGGCGUGGAGAGCGUGUCGGUGUGUCCCGUGGCGCGGCACAACGCCACGCAGCGCGCCGGCCGGGCGGGCCGGGCGAGCCGCGGCCGGUGUUACAGGCUGUACACGGAGCGCGCGCACGACGCGCUGCCGGCGAGCGUGCCGCCCGAGGUGUGCCGCAGUGACCUCAGCGCCGCGCUGCUGCAGCUGCGGGCGCUCGGGAUACACAACCUGCUCAGAUUCUCAUUCCCGACUCCGCCUCCAGCCAAGAGUCUGCUCGCGAGCCUGGAGACGUUGUACGCGCUGAAAGCCAUCGACAAACACGGGGAGUUAACUGAUUCCGGGAAGAUGAUGGCGGAGCUACCACUUAAACCGAUGCUCUCCAGCAUGUUGUGUAACAGCGGUGAAUUCGGUUGUAUCGACGAGAUGCUUUCGAUAGUGUCUAUGCUGCAAAUCGAUGGUGUUUUCACUAAACAGGGGACGGGAAAGAACAGUAUAGCCGCCAGGAUUUCAAGGAGGAAUAAUUUCGAGGUGGCGGAAGGCGAUAUUAUAAUGUAUUUAAACAUAUUCGACUCCUAUUUAAAGUUGCGUUCGAGUGGUGACGAUAAGAAAUCGAAAAAAGCGUGCAAAGACUGGUGUCAAAAGAUGUUUAUCAACUACAGGGUUAUGGAGAAGGCUGUGGAUAUACGAAACAGCUUAGAAAAACUAGUCAAAAAUAAUUUCCAGCUUAGAAAUAAAGAAUACGAGGGACCAGACUUGGGGUCAGGUAAAUGUUCGCGCAUAAUGAAGGCGGUGGUGUCAGGACUGUUCCCGCAGGCGGCGCGCCUGUCGCCCGACGGCGCGUACCGCGGCCUCCGCGGGGCGGCGCUGCACAUCAGCCCCGACAGCUGCCUGUACCGCGUGCAGCAGCCGCAGUGGGUUGUCUUUGCGAGCGUCCAAAGUUCCGGAGACAAGACCUACAUGAGAGAGUUGAUGGUCAUCAACAAAGAGUGGCUUCUGGAAGUCGCCCCCCAUUACUACAAGGAAACAUGAUUUGUAAUAAAAUAUAACAAAACAUAA